AUGGAAUAUGGACGAAGAUUUGACGUAAUUGUUCUUGGUGCUGGCAUAUCCGGUCUUGCAGCCGCGAAGAUUCUCGCAAAAGAAGGCUUAAAGUGUAUAGUGCUUGAGGCUCGCAAUAGACAUGGUGGCAGGAUACAUACUAUCAGACUAAAUGGUCCUUUGCCAGUUUCUCCUGUAGCGCAGGCUAAUUCAGAUUCUGAAACGAUUCAACCUUGCCAGAAACAUCAAACUUUAACCUUAGAUCUUGGCGCAAACUACCUACAUGGCUGUGUUUUAAAUCAAGAAUCCCAGCCUCUGUUCACGUUAGCCCAUCGUCUGCGCCUCAAAUCAUCUCCUGCUGCAGGAGACGUACUGGGUCCACAUCGUGGGUGGGAAUGCCCAGAGGUUGCUGCUUGGCGUGAUAAUUUUACUGGUGAACUUAUUCCCCUUCAUGAAGUCACCGAAAUGAGCUUCCUUUUGGAUAGGUGCCUUGUCAGCGCUCUCGCUAUUGCCAAGCGAUGCCUCAUAUCUAAAGCCAAAAGAAGGUCUUUGAAUAGUAGUCUUCGCUUGCUAUAUAAGACUGGUCAUAGAGUCUCUCUGGAAUUGACGCCUAGAGAAAAAGGGAUUUUUGACUCACUUUUUGCUCGUUACAUAGCGUAUGUAAAUCCGCCUAAUCGGCUGUCUCCUUUUCUGAAUCUUGGUCCACAUUUCGAGGCUGACGCUAUGGCAGGUCUUGCAGAUGAACCGGACCAUCCAUCUGCAGCCUCGAAAAUAUUCUAUAUUGAUUGGUUGCAGAGGAAACGAGAUCAUAUUCGCACCAAAGGUCCUGAGGCUUCCCAUGCUCGGCGCGUUGGCUACAAAUGGGAAGAUCGUCUUGUACUUUCCGGAUUUGGUCGUAUGACUGACUUUCUCGCAGAGGGUGUUGAAAUUCAUUAUAACACUGUCGUCCGGCAUGUUGACUGGACCAAUGCAUCAACAUCCUAUAUUAGGAUGUGGUGUUAG